AUGUACUACAUUGUGUUCCAGGGCGAGAGCGUCCAGUUGAUGCUGGAGGGUCUGGGCGGUCAGCUCGGAGCUCUGCGGCCGCAGCUGGAGGCUCUGGAGCAGGACGUCAGCCGGCUGAAGGAGUGGGCGUCUGGGCUGACGGAGAAACGAGCUCAGCUGCAGACCAGCAUGGACGCGCUGAGAGAGGCCGUGGGGCAGAUUGAAGGACGCACCUCCAGCAUCACCGUGGACUUUGCCAACAAGGUGGCGUCAGUGAGGACCGACGUGCGCAGGAUGGACGGCCUGCACUCGGAGCUGGAGGCUCUGCUCGCUCAGGUCGGAGAGCUGGAGGACAAGACCACCCAGAUGGAGCACAGCAUGGUCAAACGCAUCGGGGAUGUGCUGACCAGCAGCAUGGAGCGGGUCUCCAGUCUCCGGGCCGCAUCCGAACGCAACACACAGGCCAUAGAGCAGCUCCGCAAGCGUGUCCCUGAACUCACCGCCGCAGACAAUGAGAUCUCUGAGCGUCUGAGGGAGCUGGAGAGCGGCAGAGCUCGCCUCAUAAGGACGCUGACCUUUGCCAGUGACCUUAAGCCCAAGGUGGCCAACAUCAGGAGGGAUUUUGGGGCCUUUGAUCCUCAGCUGUCGGAUCUGACUCUGCGGAUCGGACGCCUGGCGGAGGAUCUCACGAACAGAGAGCAGGAGAUCACUGAGCUGAGACAGACUCUGACUAAUCUAACUGCAGUGGAGGGAGAUUUAAGUGUCACAACCAAACAGCUGAGUGAAAUAGCUGAUAUGUCUGAUAUUGGAGAAAUGCACCGGCCGACAUGAGUCUCGCCCUCGGACGAAGUUUCAGACUGACUGAAUGAUGUUAUUUGUUUUUCUCUCAGUUUUACAUCCGGUCAACUGUCACACUGCUGUUACUGAAUUACUGAAAUAAAUAUGGAACCAAAUCGGAAAUUUUCUGCAGCGUUG